CCGGUUAUCAGCAUUUCUCUCCUCACGAGCUGUCACGCUGACAGAGGAGAGGAGAGUCGCCCCAGCAGUGCCACCUGUCAGUGUCCAUCAGUGCCAGCUGUCAGUGCUUAUCCAUGCCACCUGCCAGUGCCCAUCAGUGCCACAUCAAUGCCACAUAUCAGUGCCCAUCUGAGCUGCCUUUCAGUGCCAGUUAGUGCCACCUAUCAAUGCCAGUCAGUGCCACCUAUCAGUACCAGUCAGUGCCGCCUAUCAGUGCCAGUCAGUGUCACCUAAUAGUGCCAGUCAGUCCUGCCUAUCAGUGCCAUGUCCAUCAGUGCAGCCUAUCAGUGCCCAUCAGUG